GGGGCAGUGUUGUGGUUUCCACGCUGCCGUACUUCCAGUUUGCGCCAAUGUAGCGUGCGGGACAGAAGUGGAGCUAGUUGUGGAUCUGCAGUCGCCGUACCCAGCAAAAAGGGAAUGACGGACAGAGUUCUGGAAACCCAUCCUCACAUCUAAACAAGUCUGAAGAAGAGAUAGAAAAAUGGGCGAUGAAGUACAGACCAUCCAACAAGAGACGCAAAGAAAUUGUUUUUCCAAACAGUUUAGCUACCCUGUGGCAAUUGUUUCAGUGUCAGCCAACCCGGUCACUGCAAGCGACCACAGGGUUGGUCCAAAUGACACCGUCCUUCAAAAUAAUCAUUUGAUCGGUUCUUGUGACAGCUUCUUUGCCACAGAAGGAAUCAAUCACGUGAAUGAUUUAAGUAGCUCCAUUCCAAGUCCGAUAGUUGCUUCUGAUGGCAGCAUUAUCGUAAAUCAACACGAUGAUGAUUCGAUUGGAAAAACAAGCAAUCAUAACAUUGAUACAAACGUUGUCCAGUUAGAAUAUAAAAGAGAGACAGUGAACAAUGAAGCAGAGACGGCGAUCGAGGGUGAACAUAAUGACAUAAAACACCGAAUCCUUCUAGAAUCUACGGAAGAUGAAAUUGUGGAGAUAAAAGAAGUUGGAAGGAGGUUAAGUGGAGGUCAGCUGGAAUCGUGGGUCACAGCGGUGAUUGUCGAUAACGGUGUGGUGAAGACCGCAGUUGCCCAAGAUACCGCAGAAGCGAGCGCUCCGCCGUUGAAUGACACUACCGCUCCAGUUAGCAAGGCCUUCUACCCAGAAAGCGUCCGCGAAGUGUCUGCCCUGCUCCAACAAGCGCUAGGUUCGUCCCCACCACGGACAUCCCCUCCACAGUCGGCGCCCCAGCUCCCCGCCGUAGCAGCGUCGAGUAGUCACUCGUGUGGCAGUCUGUAUGCCCACUGUGGCGCUCACAGCCAUGAACCCGUCAGCCUCAACGAGAUUCUAACAGAACGCGAGCACCUCCCGUCCUGCUACCGCUACCACCUCGAUGCCAUAGACUACGAAUCACAGGACCCUCUAGAGGAGGACGAAGAAGAACUUCUCAGGGAAUACCAUAAGCAGCAACAGAGGUACCUGAUGGGUAACGGUGUAUCCACAGGGCCUUGUGCAACAUCUUCAUCGAAUACAGCUGUUACAGCAAGUAAUGUGCGGUCAGCAGGAGACGGACAGACAAAGAAGAACUUCCACGUCGGAUCUUCCAACGUAUUCAGGGUCUCGCAGCCUGAGGAGUAUGGCUACCUCAAGGGCUUGGUCCCGCAGCUCAAAAGAGAAGCCAAGGACUGGGAGGCGAAGUCGGACUCCCUAGAAGCAGAAGUGUUUGGACUCAGGAGGGAACUCAGAAUGAGAGAACAGGAAGUUAUACGGUUACAGCGGGAAGUUCACAAACUCAAGAGUGUGCUACAGCAAGCAACAAGCUUUUCACAAGAUGGGGACCUGUUGGCAAGCCUGCAUGAUCAACAUGGGAUGGCUGGUCAGAUGCACCAACAGUUGGUCAGUGUGUCCAACACAAACAAGAAGCAGGGCGUGUCGGGCGAGAGCUCUGAUUUGGGACAGACUGCCGAGAACAUCCAGAUCGUGAGAUUUGAGAAGGACUUCCGAUCAAAGCAACUGAUAAAAGAUGCCAUUAUGGAUAAUGAUUUCUUGAAGAAUCUCGAUUCCAGCCAAGUGCGGGAGCUGGUGGAUUCGAUGUAUCCGUUAGAGUAUGCCAAGGGCAGUUACGUAAUCCGGGAAGGGGAGGCAGGUUCUCAUUUGUAUGUUUCUUCUGAGGGGGAGUUUGAGGUUAUAAAGGAAGAAAAGGUGUUGGGAAGGAUGGGACCUGGCAAGGCAUUCGGUGAACUUGCCAUACUGUACAACUGCACCCGGACAGCUUCCAUCAGAGUGAUAUCAGACUCGAAAGUGUGGGUGCUUGACCGACGAGUAUUCCAGCAGAUAAUGAUGCGAACAGGACUCCAGCGGCUGGAGGAUAAUGUCAACUUUCUGCAUAGUGUUCCACUACUACAAAACCUUAGUAGUGAUGUGUUGGCCAAGAUUGCUGAUGUACUAGAAGUGGAAUUUUAUCCCGCUGGUGCUCACAUAAUACGCCAAGGAGCCAGUGGCGACACCUUCUUCAUCAUCAGUAGUGGCAGUGUUAAAGUCACACAACGAGUCCCAGGCCGAAGGGAAGAAGAAGAGAUCAGGACACUGGAACGUGGGGACUACUUUGGAGAGCAGGCCCUACUCAAAGAAGACUGUCGUACUGCCAGUAUCAUCGCGCUUCCACCUGGUGUUGAGUGUCUCACUCUUGACCGAGAGUCCUUCAUUCAGCUGAUAGGAGAUCUUAGUGAACUACAUGAGAAGGACUAUGGAGAUGAGAGCAGAGGUCUGUCCAGGCCAGCCAGUUUAUUCAGCAUCUACUCUGAUAGUGAACAAGAGUAUGACUACAUGAAUCUGGAUGAUCUGGAUGUGAUAGCAACCCUGGGUGUUGGGGGGUUUGGCAGGGUGGAGCUGGUACAGUACAUGUACGACAAGACCAAAACAUUUGCACUCAAGUGCCUCAAGAAGCAGCAUAUUGUUGACACACAGCAACAAGAACACGUGUACAGCGAGAAGAGCAUCAUGUUGAGUUGCCGUAGCCCCUUCAUCUGCAGGUUAUAUCGCACUUUUCGAGAUUCUAAGUAUGUGUACAUGCUUCUGGAAGCGUGUUUGGGUGGAGAGCUGUGGACAAUACUGAGGGACAGAGGGUGUUUUGAUGAUCACACAACCCGCUUUGUAACAGCGUGUGUGGUCGAGGCAUUUGAAUACCUUCAUGUACGAGGCAUUAUCUACAGAGACCUGAAACCAGAAAAUUUACUUCUGGACAUGCAAGGCUAUGUCAAACUGGUUGACUUCGGCUUUUCCAAAAGACUUGGCUCAAUCUCUAAAACAUGGACAUUCUGUGGAACGCCAGAGUAUGUAGCACCGGAAAUAAUCCUGAACAAGGGUCAUGACAGAGCUGUGGACUACUGGUCUCUUGGAGUUCUCAUGCAUGAAUUGCUAACUGGAACGCCUCCAUUCACUGCAGCAGACCCAAUGAAGACAUAUAACAUAAUUCUAAAGGGUAUUGACAUGGUGGACUUCCCUCGGCAUAUUACGCGUGCUGCCCAGAGUCUCAUCAAACGGCUGUGUCGUGAUGCUCCUACUGAACGCCUUGGUUAUCAGCGUGGUGGAAUCCAAGACAUUAAAAAGCACAAGUGGUUCCAGGGUUUUGAUUGGGAUGGAUUACGACAAAGAACACUAGUGGCUCCAAUAGUACAACAAAUUAACAGUCCAACAGACACUUCAAACUUUGAUUUCUACCCAAAAGAUGAUGACAUCCCUCCUGAUGAACUCUCAAAUUGGGAUGUGGACUUCUGAGAUUGCAGAUAUAUGGAAUGAACAGUAGCAGUACUUCCGGCAGCUAUAAUGUUGAGGUGACUGGCAGGCUGUAGUAGCAGCGGGAAUUCAUAUUCACAUGCAUUUGGUGGAAAUGAACUUUUUUUAAUAAGGAACAUGUCAUAUUUCUGUUAUAUAUAUCUCAAUUCUCACUUCAACGAUGCUGGCAGAAAUGGUGCUUCACACUUUAAUAAGUAAGAUAAGCCAAUGUUACAAGUUGGAAGGUUUAAGGGUAGUCUCUACUGUGUGAUUUGAGUUCGGUUGCAUGCAACCUUGAUUUUCAUAUUGAUGUGUAGAACCAGUGUCAAGUUAUAAGACUUAUUUGUACCCUUUUUAAAGGUUUAAAAUUUUGUCUCUAACUCUGAGGGGAAAACAGAGAUUCAAUAUGAAAAUUAAGUCUGUGCGUAAGAUGUAGUAAUGAGAGAAUGAAAGUUAGAUGCCAUUACACCAUUUGAACUUUUUACGAAAUCAAUUCCGGCAGUUAACUCAAAAAGGAUGAAUGAUUUGGACAUGUAAUAUGCAUGGGGAAACAAGAAAUACAUAGAAAAUGUUUUAGAUCUUGAAGGGAAGAGAAGACCAAUUAGGAAACUUAGCUAUAUAUGGAAAGAUAAUAUUAAAAUGUAUCUUGGAGAAAUAGGUUAUGAAGCUGUGAAUUGCAUUGAAAGGGCUCUGUGUAGGAUCCAUUUGCAGGCUGUUGUCAACAUGCUGAGGAACCUUCAAGUUUCAUAAAAAUUGGGAAUAUUUUACGAGCUGUGUAACCAUCAGUUAUUCUAAGAAAAAACAGUACCAUGGACUUUCCAUCUACGAUUUAAAUGCAUAUAAUUAUACUCAGGGUGAACUUUUUAUUGGGUGUUUAUGUCUCGCAGUAAAUGUGCAGUGGUGAGAUUUAAUUCAGGGCAGUUUGUAAUGUUAAUCUUUCCUUUGGACACUAAAAUUAUCAAUAAGCCUGAAAAAAAAAUUAAUGAUCAUUAUAUAUAAGGCAAUUAUCAAAACCUUUCCUUUGUCAGGCAAGUCACAUAUUUUAAGUACAAGUUCUGCAUUUGUAUUAAUUUGUCCUCCAUUAGAUACAGUGAGAGACCAAGUUCCAAAUAAUUUUUGUUAGAUGAUGGAUAGAAGCCAGUCUCAGUGUAUAUAUAAAUAAGACAGAAAUGUGAUCUGAAAUUUAAUCUUAUUGAAGACACAUUCAAAGGUAAAUUUGUUAUUUCUGUGAUUGUUAAAAGAAGUAGAUUCUGAAUUCUAACAAAUGUAGGCACCAUUGAGAGGGGUUGGUGGUUCUCAAAAUACAGCCUGUAGAUUACUAUGGUCACAUUAUACUGAAGUUCUGUAACCACAACAAAAGCGGUUCCCCCUUUAUCUUAAACUAAUUUGAAACAAAAAGUUGUAAAAAUGUGCCUAUUAUGUGAGUGGUUCAAGGUUGAUCUAGGUUGUCUUUUACACAAAACACAUACAUAUCAGAAUCACCAAACAAUCAUUCUUUUUCAAGACACUGUCCUUCUACCCUGAUACAUUUUUGCCAUCAUGGUAAGGCCAAUUCAGGACACUGCUUGAGUGUAUAAUCUGUCUUAAAUUUCUUCUACCCAUCCAGGUACUCCUUCAUUGGCCCAAACAAGUGCUAAUCUCUUGGGGCUAAAUCCAUUCAUCACUGAGAAGCAAGUUAUUGUAAUACUGAACAUUAACUGUUGCUCAGGGUCGCAGAAAACAAACAUGAAUCACCCCUUGCACACUUUUGAUGCAAUAUCAUGCACUUCAAUUUGCCUGUUUUCCAAAAUCAGCCCCUCAGCAGCUGUCAACUGUAUGUGAGCAUGUGGUUGGUUAGCGACCACAAACAGCUUUCAUCAACUUCAGUCACAGCAAAAGCUUCACUUUAUACAGCUUUCAGAAAAUUUGUUGCACCAGUCUUACACACGUGUACAUAAUAAGGUCUCUUCCCAUAUUGUGCACUUGACCUAUUGAGAAUUUUAACUGAUUUCACUUUCUCUUUAGCACUGUUCUACGUUCAGACUGACAGGGUCUGACAGAAUUUUUUUAUUACUUCUAAUGUGAAGAUGCAGAGGGUACAUUUGUGUGUGAGGGAGUAAGAGCAAUGUUCUCACCAUCUGCCACGAAGAGUAUUUCAUCAUUCUGGUGCAGACAUAUUUUGUACAAAAAGAAUCAUUUGACCUUGAACCACCCUUAUUGU